AUGGACUCUGAAGAUUCACAUGAUGCUACAGGAGAUGCUCGCUCUUCUUCAAGCAGUAGUAGUUCCAGUUCCAGGAGUCGAAGAAGUUCAUCUUCAGGAAGUGAUAGGUCUAAAAAGAACCCUAAGUCUCCAUCCUGUUCACCAGCAUCACCAAGAUCUAAUGGCCCCAGAUCACCCUCACCUGAAAGUCAGUCUCAAUCUUCUCAAAGAUCACAAUUCUCUAGUAAACCACCAUGUUCUCCAGAUAACUUAAGUGGUGCUCAUUCUGAUAUUAACUCUCCUGAAAAUUCAAUGCCUGCAUCUCCACAAGGUCCUAAAUCACCAGAUGGCCCAAAGUCCCCAAGUGAUAUAGGAUCAAACAUUGGAUCACCUGAGCAACCUGAACAGUAUUCUUCUGCACCACCUUCGGCUGGUGAAGGUCCUAAAACUCCACAGUCACCUAGUAGUUCGGCAAAAUCACCAGCUGCUUCACCCCGUUCUAGGUCACAGCCUAUCUCACCAGAUUCUGCUUCACAAAUAACAUCACCUCCAAGAAAACCUGUCCAUCAUUCUCCUACCUCAAGUCCUUCUCCAGAUAGAAACUCCUCUCAUUCAUCACCUGUACAAUCUCCAUCAGUCAAAAAAUCUGAUUGGAGUCCUAAAGAAAAGUGGAGGAGACAUACUAAAGCAGAACAAAAAAUGGUUACAAUUCCACAUCGUCGUAGCAGGUCAGAAUCUAGUCAGUCCAGCAGAAGUUCUUCUUACAAUAAGAGAACGAAUGUUAAGGAUCCAGCCACUGAAGAAAUCUCUGAUGGAGAAAUGGAGUCAGAUCAAGAAGACCAGAACUCAAGAAGUAAAUCUGUAGCAAGUGAUAAAAAUGAUGGAAAAGAUCAUAACAUUAGUCAUGAGGAUUUAUCUGAUGUAUCUGACUUGGAUUCAGUUGGACCAGAAGAAGUUGAUAAAGAGUCAAAGUUAAAAUCACCUCCAGCAUCCCCAGAAAGGAAUCAGGAUAUUAAUACUAAUGGAAAAGUUACUACAAAUUUGCAGUCUUCACCAAAAUCUGAUAAUGGAAAAAAUGAUACACCAAAAUUGGACAAAGUACCUCAGGAGAAAACAAGUAAUACAGAGGAUGGGGAAGAACAGUUGGAUUUUGAAGCAGAAGAAGGUGAAUGCAUAGAGACUAAACCCAAGGAUAAAUCUAAUGGAGACAUAGAGCAAGUGGGUGAGAAAGGCACAGAUGAGGCAAAAGCGGGUCGCCGGUCGCGAGGAUCUUCUUUGGAGGAAGGUGAGGUGUCAGAUGAAGCUGAACGCAGACCAGAGGAGAGUGAACCACGUCCUGUUUGCCGAUUUUUCUCUCGUGGUGCUUGUACAUGGGGUGUCAGUUGCAGAUUCCUUCACCCAGGUGUUACAGAUAAAGGCAAUUAUAACAUGUUUGAUGUAGUACGAGGUGUACCGACUGGCGGGCCAUAUACCGCUCCUCCGCGUGACGUCGCUCCACCUGAGUCAGCCUGGGAGCGCGGUUUACGUACUGCCAAAGAAAUGCUGAGGAUAGCGAACAAGCGCAAGGAGCAGGACAUGGACUUUGAGGAGAAGAAACUGCACUUGUCGGUGGGUGGAGUGGUGCACGACCCGGACGCGGAGCUGGCGUACGCGGCCGCCGCGGUGGGCGCCUCGCCGCCGCGCCACGACCUGCCCGCGCACGCGCACCGCGACCCCGACCCCUACAGCAGACCCUACGGCCCGAUGUACCGUGGACGGUUUCCUCGGCCGGCUAUGGACGAACGUGAACGCUAUUACGAUCGCGAACGUACCUACGAGCGAGAACGCAUGUACGAUCGCCCGCCACAUUAUGACGAACGUACUGCUAUACCAGAAGAACUACCAUUCCAUAAGAGAAGAGUUCGUUCGUCACGGGAGGUGAUAGUUCAGAGAGCGGAAGUGGAGCGACGAGAGGGGCGGGAAGGGCGCGAGGGACGUGAGGGUCGGGAGGGGCGAGCGAGAGAAGGGCGCGAGGGUCGGGAGGGGCGUGGUGACGACUGGGCCGACCCCUGGAUGCGUGCCGAGCCCGCCGCUCGCCGCCGACGCCCGCCUUCCUCGGAGGACUCGUACAGCACCUCCAGCUCUUCAAAUUCCAGCUCGCGUAGUUCGGGCUCAGCGGCCGCUCGACGCAAGAGGAGGGCGUCAUCAUCCUCUCGCCAAAGGUUGUCGCCGUCGGUGAUAGUCCGCGAGAGGCGGCUGGCAACGGCGCGAGCUACUGCUAUGAACCCGCCCGCGCCGCGACGUCGGGCGCCCUCCCCGGCCGCCGCGCGCCAGUUGUCCGCCAACCCGCCGCCGCCCGCCUCGCACCGACACAAGGAAGAAUCAGAUCCAUAUGGUCGAAGUAAAGCGUCGAGUCGCAAUAGAAAUAGGAAAAAAUAUUCAAGAUCGUCAUCGUCUGGUUCAGAGUCGUCGUCGUCGUCCAGCGAGUCGGAGAGCGAGUCGCGGUCGUCGUCGACGUCGGGCAGCUCGGGCGCGCGCCGCGCUCGCCACGCGCGCCUGCUCAACGCGGCCGCGCGCCCGCGCUUAAAUGCCAAAUCAAGUGCCGGUUUGGCAGCUGCAGUUUCGACAGUCAUCAGCAAAAAGGAAGCACCAAAUGACAAAGAUCUCGUCGGAAAAAAACGAUCUGCGACAUCACCAGUGAGCGGCGGCGCCCCGGCUAAGAAAUCAGUAUCAAGGAGGGAAGAGCUCUUGAAACAGUUGAAAGCUGUUGAAGAUGCUAUAGCUAGAAAACGUUCCAAAAUAUAG